AUGGUGGCGAUAGUGCCAACCCCCCCUCGUGCGGCUUUUGGUGCCGCUAUUCGGGUUCUCGCGCUUCAGUCGAGGGUCGACUGCGCUUCGCCCCGCUCUCCGGGCGCUGCUUCUUUUCGGGACCAGACGGCGUGCCAUUCUACCGGCCGCGUCGGACAUAAUAAAAUAUGGCUAUUCUGCGUCCCUUAUUGUAUCACUGUUCUGGGUAUAUUUGUGACAUUUUGCAAAACGCGGAAAAAUUGAUCUUCAUUUCUAGCCACACUGCCCUAGAAGAGCCCUCCCCCGGCCACCGUUGAGCUGCUCACGACCACGGACAUGGCAGGUGCACUGGCUGCCCUCUUUCAGUUACCAAUACAAUAGACAGGGUUUAGGAAAAAAGUCUGUGUUCAGACUUGGCGCGCUAGUUCGACUGUUACUUCACUACAAGACCGCUUUUUGUGGCCCGCCCUGCACACACGCAUCGGGAAGUAGUAGUCUUAUUAGUGUAGUGCUAUGGUGGAGGGUUAACUGCUCUGCGGUGCCCGAGUCUGUCGAGCACAAGUA